UGCCUGGUCUGAUGGUGGGGCGAGUGCGGCAGCAGCGUAUAAAAGAGGACCGUCUGCGGCAUCGAGCACUGUCGCAGCUCAAGCAGUACCAUGGCAAGCAAACACACUCUGGUCCUCCUCUGCGUGGUCGUGUUGGCGUUGGCGUCCUUUGCCGCCGCUGAUCCUAGGCCGUUCAAUCUUGUCAAGACUGCAAAGAACCUCUUCAACAAGGCCAAGGACUUCGUUACUCCGACUAUUAACUGCCUCAAGAGCGCUGGAGCUCCCGAUGCUGCCCUAGGCUACCUCAAGGAGUGCGGCCAAACAAAAUACUUUGGCAAGACAGCCAUGUUUAGCUGCGCAUCGACCACCUACGCACCCGCUGAUGUCAAGCAAAUGCUUAAGAGCAGUGCCAAGUGCUUCACGAAGUAAAUAGUAUGUCCUCUAAGCUGAAAAUGCUUUCUGGUAGUUGGAGUAAAUGCCACAAAUAAGAUAUGAA